AUGGGUCCUUGUCUAUCAUCUUAUAACAAUCGGUACAUCCUAGUGGCAGUGGAGUAUGUCUCUAAAUGGGUAGAAGCUAAAGCAUUGCCUACAAAUGACGCAAGGAUGGUGGAAACCUCGAACAAACAAUUGAAAAGAAUUCUGGAGCUCACUGUGAAUGCAUCUCGCAAUGAUUGGUCAAAGAAAUUAGACGAUGCUUUAUCGGUAUAUCGCACUGCUUACAAGACACCUAUUAGGAUGUCCCUAUAUCGACUAGUCUUUGAAAAAGCAUGCCACCUACCAGUGGAGUUUGAACAUAGAGCAUACUGGUCAUUGAAGAAGUUAAACAUGGAUCUUGAAAAGGCUGAAGAAACAAUAAUACUGCAGCUACAUGAAUUAAAAGAAUUCAUAAGAGAAGCAUAUGAGAAUGCGGCCAUCUACAAGGAAAGAACGAAGCAGUGGCAUUACAAGAACAUCAGGCAAAGAAUUUUUAGAGUGGGAGAUCAAGUGCUUUUAUACAAUUCUAGACUUAAACUGUUUCCAAGAAAGUUGAAAUCUAGAUGGUCUGGCCCUUUUACGGUCUAUCAGGUGUUUCCCUACGGCACAGUUGAAUUACAUCAUCCAACAAAAGGAAGCAUCAAAGUAAAUGGUCAACGUAUCAAGUACUACGUGGAAGAUUUUCCCACCGCUAAAGAGAGCCUUUACCUAACUAUACCAGAAUAA